CUUGGUCUGUGGCGACCAGGACGCUAAAACGUCGUCUAAGGCUUGCUAAUCUCGGCGAUGUUGUUAAAAAAGUGUUGUCCGAUCGAUGUUGCUGUCCUUCAAAUCCAUGAGCCCUCGAGACGCCAAACCCUGGAGACCUUCGGAAGCACUGGUUUGUCCUCGACACACCUUUCAUAUUCUGACCGACUGGGAAACGUGCCGAUAGCAUCAUCGAUAUUCGGUUCUCUUCAAGGCGAUCGAGUGCUCCUUGACGGCGAUGUUCAACACCCUUGCUAUGUCAUGUCAAGCCUCGUUACCCUUGAUAACUGGACCCAGAGGCAGGGUCGCGACAGCACGAUGACGUGCUGCGCAGGAGAGAUCAAGUGGAGACGGAGACGAUAUGGAAGACGAUGGAUGAGCUUCGACGACGAGUACAACGGCGAAACCGAUUGGGAUGACAGCAAGCGGUCAGUGAACCUUCGUGUAUACCGUUGGAAUAGUCUAUGUGCGCACUUGGAAUGCUCACCACUUAUCUCGUUACAGUUGACAUGGCAAAUAACUGAGCAACAUGGGAUAUAAAAGCCCAUGCAGCCCUCUGGAUACCAUUCAACAAAACACAUUGCUUUCCACUUCAGCAUCUUCAUUUACUACACACACUCUUCACACAAAAUGGUCGCCUUGCGCUUUACUUCACUCUUUCUGUUCAUUUCUUCUGCCUUUGUUGUCGCUUCACCUCUUGCUCUGCGAGCACCGGUGAUCGAGAAGCGUGCAUCGAUCGGGGGUAUCGAUGGCACCCUCCCGGGCAUACAAGCUAACGGCGGGUCCGCCCUCGGCCAACGGGGUGGCUUGGGUGGCUUGGGUGGCGCCUUGGGUGGCUUAGGUGCUGCCGGUGCUGCUGGCGGUGCCGAUGGUGCUGGCGGUGCCGGUGGCCUAGGAGGCGCCUUGGGUGGCUUAGUUGGUGCCGGCGGUGCCGGUGGCCUAGGCGGUGCCUUGGGUGGCCUAGGCGGUGCCGGUGGUGCCGGUGGCUUAGGCGGUGCUCUGGGUGGCCUAGGCGGUGCAGGAGGUGCAGGAGGUGCAGCUGGCGCAGGUGGCGGAGCUGAUCUCGGCGGCCUCCUCCAACAGAUUCAAGGCGCUGUGAAGCGUGAAACUGCCCCCCAGAUUGCCCGGACCGUCUCGGCUCUAAUCGCUCGACUUGACGAGUACGGCGUGAGUCUCGAGGAUGCCGAUAAGGAUGAAGCAACUACUUCGAAGAGAGCCGCAGAUAAGAAAAAGAAAACCGGCUUGAAGAAAGCCAUUGGUAAGGGCAAAAAAGCCAGUCCCAAGAAAGCCGCCGCAAAGGUCGAAGACACCGAUUGAGCCUCCCGGAGUGGCCAACAUCUUCGGUAGACCUGGAGUACUCUGGGGAUCUACACAGUCAGCUAAAUUGCACAUCUAGUCUUCACACUCAUUGUAUUCAAUAUCAUAAAUCCAUGUUGGAGUACCUGCCAGUCUGAAA